AUCAAACUUGCAUUACUGUUCGCAAAGUAAAGUGUUUAAUACAAAAUGUUUAAAAAUUUAUUAUUUUUUGUGGUUGCUGUUACUUUGGCUACCAGCACGUAUUUUUCCGACGACGAAGAGUUUGAAAAAUUCAAGAAAGACUACAACAGAAAUUAUGCUACUCCUAAUGAAGAACAGCAUCGUAAAGGAAUUUUCGUUAAUACUUUAAAUAAAAUCAAAGAGCACAAUGCCAAAUACGAACGAGGAGAAAUUUCUUAUUCCUUAGGCAUAAAUCAAUUCGCUGACCUUACCCACGAGGAAUUUGCAAGUAGAUAUACAAUGAAAAACUGGGUAGAGCAACAGAAAAAACUUGCUGAGAAACAUGCCGCCAAGAAUUAAUCUACAGAACAAUCGUAAAAUUAUACAGUUAAUCGGUAAAUCAUGGAUAUGAUAGAAACAAUAAAACUAAUUAGUUAACACUUGUGUUUGAAAUAAUAAAUUUUUAAAUCAUGAAUGUGUUGCCUGUGUGAGUUCAUUUCAAAUAGGUAAAAAAGAAAUAAAUAAGACUUACCAAAUCAGUUUAAUUUAACUACCUAGACUACCGGUUUCGUUUCUACAAUUUGCAAAGCAUCUUCAGGUCAGUCGGUACAAAGUUAAUUAAAUGAUGCCGGUACACGAUUUAUUAAUGAAUUGAAGAACAUAGUUCAAACUAUCCUGUAAUUGCUGAUGAUGGGGAUCUCGGGUUUUUACUUUUGUAACUGUUUGAUAAUUAACGGGGAAGUUUCUUGAGGAGAUAGAUAUUAACCAAUAAAGUAGAAAUAAGGUAUAAUAUGAUUCUUUGUUAAAUGAAAGUGAUGUUCUGUAUUAUAUAAUUCAUUAAAAGUUAUUUAUAUUUAUUCAAAAGAUAUAUUUUCG